AGCGCUCUUCCACAUGCCACCUUUGAACAUCGACAAAGGCAAGAUCCCGUGCCUGAUAAUUGGUCCCGCUCGGAGCACCGAAAUGAGCCGGCCCAGUCAUUCCUGAAGACGAGUGCCUGCCCAUCGCAAAUUAUCCGAGCUUGCGCAGCCGCGACACAUCAUUAUCACGAUGCCCUUCUCGGGCUCCCCAGAUACCGGCAUCGUUGGGGAGAAGGGGUCCUCGCUACUCUCGCCAGCUUCCUACGACGAUGACGCCGCAUCCCUGCACAGCCGCAGCGAGCAGGACACAGACAGUGAGGAUGACGAGCUGAUGCUGGCGGCGCGCAACAGCCGCGAGCUCCGCGCGCGCGACCGCCUCGUGCUCAUGGAGGAGGAGGAGAUGGACCGGCUCGUGGAGGAGUCGCGCUCCAAGAACAACGAUAGGAUCAGGAGGGGAAGCAACUUAUCGAUCCCGAAUCCCAUCGGGCUCUUUCGGCGCGGCCGGUCGGAGAGCGGCACGCGGAAUGCCAGCAACAAUAAUACCUACAGCCGGAACAGCGACCCAUCAAGCUCGGUCGAGGACUUUGGUGACGAGAAGCGCCGAGCGGCGCGGCGGGCGCGGCGGCAGCAGAAGAGAGACAAGCUUCUCCAGGAAGCACAGGAUGGUGAGGAUCGGCAGCUUAUGUACGAGAUGGAGAGUGGUGGGAUGAAGGAUGGCAGCUCGACAGGCGAGAGCAGCGAUCGUGACGACAGCGACGAGCUUGACCGAAUGAGGCUUGUCGAGAUUGCCGAUGCGAAGACAGCAAAGAACAAGAGGUGGCGCAUAUGGGCCAUAAUAUACACCACCAUCGCGGUCGGCUUCGUGCUUCUAGUGCUGCUUGCCUGGCGAUUCUCGCUGGACAAGAAGCGCGGGGCCUCUGCCGAGCUUGUAUCGAACGGUACAGCGUUGUUUGGGCCGACGACCAUCAUAAUCAGUCUGGAUGGCUUCAGAGCCGACUUUUUGACGCGGGGCUUGACACCGAGGUUGAACGCGUUCAUCAAGGAGGGUGUCUCGCCACUCUAUAUGAACCCGUCCUUCCCAUCCGUCACAUUUCCUAACCACUAUACCCUUGCUACAGGCUUGUAUCCCGAGGCGCACGGUGUUGUUGGGAACACAUUCUGGGAUCCGGAGCUCGCGGCCGACUUUUACUACACCGAUCCCGACAAGAGCAUGGAUCCCAAAUGGUGGAACGGAGAGCCAUUCUGGGCCACCGCCGAGCUGCAAGGUCUGCGUACCGCCAUUCAUAUGUGGCCUGGAAGUGAGGCGCAUAUCCUUGGUGUCGAGCCGAGCUUCCUGGACAAGUACAACGGCAAGGAGUCCCUAUCUUCCAAGGUUUCGCGCAUUUUGGAGUUUCUGGACAAGCCAGGAAUGGAAGACUCUGAAGCGAAACUUGAGGACAUGCGGCCACAGCUUAUCGCCGCCUAUGUGCCCAACGUUGACGGUGAUGGGCACCGGUAUGGUCCCAACAGCACAGAGAUUCGUGCCACCAUCUCCGCUGUCGACACAAUGCUCGACCAGAUCUUCACUGGGCUUGAAGAGAGAAACCUCACAGAUAUUGUCAACGUCAUCAUUGUAUCCGAUCACGGCAUGGCCACCACGGAUGUCAGCCGGAUGAUGCAGAUUGACGACCUCAUUGACCUUGACAAAGUUCACCGCAUUGACGGAUGGCCAUUGUCCGGCAUUCGCCCGAAGAACCCUGACGACCUCCAAUCACUCUACGACGAAGUCAUGGAGAAGACAAGGAACAACCCCAAUGUCGAGGUUUACCUGCGAGACAAAGAUAUGCCUGAGCGCUAUCACUUCUCGAACAACGACCGCAUCGCGCCGCUUUGGAUCAUUCCCAAGACGGGCUGGGCCAUUGUCGAGCGGACAGAAUUUGACAUUGCGGCCGCGAAGGAGAAGGACAUCGUCUACCACCCUCGCGGGCUGCACGGCUACGACCACGAGCAUCCCCUGAUGAGAGCCAUAUUUGUCGCCCGUGGUCCUGCGUUCCCGCAUCAGCCACACAGCAAGGUCGAGCCGUUCCAGAACAUCAACGUGUACAACAUCCUCUGCGACUCCAUCGGCCUCGAGCCGCGUCCAAACAAUGGAACCCUACGACUACCUCUAAAGACCAUCGGGGUCCACGACUCUGAUCCGGAGACUGCCCUGCAGGAGGUGCCUGACCCUGCACCGGAGGAUGCUGCGGAUGGGGCAAUCAUGUCCAUCCUGCCUGUCCCGUCUGCGCCGUCAGCAGACGGGCAAGGCGUCGAGCAGCCCGGCGCGCCGGUCGGCGUCAGCCCCCCAGGCAGCGAGGUCGUGAACAAUAACGGUGGCGAUAGCGACAGACCGGAAGUUGCAAGCAGCGCGGCGGGACAGCCAACACCGACUGCACCGUCUUCGGCUGUUGGUGAAAACGAAAACGACCAGAACCAGGGCAACGACAACGACAAUGACGGCGACGAUGACGAUGAGGAAGAUGGAAGCGGCUCUUCUGGCUCGUCGUCGUCGUUCUGGGACAGCAUCUCGGGAACCUGGAACUGGGUCACCAACAAGUUCGAUGAGCUGAUUGACAAGAUCUCUAGUAGCGGGCGGGGCUAAGGAACAGAGACGGGCGAUGGAGCUCAGGCUUGAAUCAGUGUCGGUUGUCUAGCGCAGCCUUUAAGUAAUGGGUCGUGGUUGGCGCAUAUAAGCGGCGUUUCUUUGGGAAGAUAUCAUCUCGCCGGUAGGCAAUGGGUUUUAUAGUGUUUGUUUUGUUUCAGCUGAUAGAGGGAGUCUUGAUAAUACCAGAGUACAAUGGUCUUUGCUGAUAAUA